AUGGACAAAAUGGACAAAAAAAAAAGUUCUCAAACUAAAAGGAACAUAGUAGAAUCAACAGAUAAUAAAAAGAAGGAUGUAAAGAAGAACCAAGUUAAAGAUAAGAAACAAGGCAAAAAAGAUAAACCAAGUGACGAUGAAGAUAACACAAAUCAAGGCGGUAAUCAAUCUUUUUGUGAAGAUCAAAAGGAUUCUAAAAACAUUAUUUGUGAAAAAGAUUUGGAACCUAAAUCAUUGGACCAUGAUAAUGAAGAAGGAUGGUGUGUACAAAGAAAUAAAAAAAAAACUAGUCAUCAAAAUUUGAGUGAAGAACAAAAAUAUCAUAAAAAUGUUGAACAGAAGAGCAAAUUGUCUGACUCGAAUUCCAAACAAAAAAAAACCCAUGAUAUUAACAACAUUGAUUCACAUGAGGAUGAGGAUACACAUAAAUCAGUAACUAAAAAGGGAAAAAGGCGGAGGGAUAAAAAAAAAAAAAAUAGUCAAGAGCAAAAAAAUAUUUCUGACAUAGAUAAUAUAUUUAAUCAGACAAAAGUACAUGAUGGAAACGGAAACAACAUUAAUGCGCAUAAAGAAAAUACACAAAAUUUAUCAAAUGAUGAUUUAGCAGGACGGAGAGAUAAAAAAAAAAAAAAAAAUAGUCAAGAGCAUACUGAUAUUUCUGACAUGGAUUCAUCCAUUGAUACAUUUAAUCAGACAAAAGUACAUGAUGGAAACGGAUACAACAUUAAUUUGCAUGAAGAAGAAACAAAAAAUGUAUCAGUAAAUAAUGAUUCAAAAGGACAGAGGAAUAAAAACAAAAAUGAAAAUAGUCAGAAAAAAGUUCAUGGUAAAAACAACAUUAAUUUGCAUGAAGAUCUACUUCAUUCAUCAGUAAAUGAAGAUUCAAAAGUACGGAGAGAUGACAAAAAAAACAAAAAAACAAGCCAUCAAAGUUUGAGUGGAGAACAAAAAAGUCAUAAAAAUGUUCAAAAGCAAAACAAAUGGCCUGAGAAAGAUUGCAUUGAUGACAAUAUGAAACAAGCACAUGAUAGAAAAAUUGAUUCGCAUAAGGAUACACGCAAAUCAGAGGGAGCAGAAAGACCGAGGGAUAAAUACAAAAAUAACAAUGGUCAAAAGCAGAGCAGAUUUUCUGAUGCAUGUAUUUUAAAGGAAAUAGAUGAAGACAUUUUCAAAUUAUCAAAGGAAUAUUCUCUUGCUCAUUGUGUUGCUGAAGACUUACGAAUGGGUGCUGGCAUAGCUGUUGAUUUCAAAAAUAUCUUUGGUGGUGUUGGUAAACUAGUUGAUCAGAAAUUAAAAAUAGGAGAUGUUGGUAUAGUUAAACGUCACGAUCAAUAUGCAUUUUAUUUGAUAACAAAAAAAACUAGUAAUGGUAAACCUACAAUGAUUACAAUGGAAAAAGCGCUCCAUUCACUUUUAAACAAAAUGAAAGAAUACAAUUUAACAAAAUUAGGAAUACCAACAAUUGGUUGUGGAUUGGAUAGACUUGAUUGGUCUGAUACAAAAUCGCUCAUAAAUAAAAUAUUUUCUGGAUCUGGUAUUCAGAUAACAGUAUGUAUACCUUCAAAAUUACUAGAUUCGAAAAAACCGCCGAGAUUAACAGUUUACAUUACACCAAAAAAUUUAUGGGAAAUGGAAGCCGAAACCAUUAUUAUUUUAUUUAUUGACUUAGAAAAAACAUGCAACGAGAAUUGGACAGAUCAUAUAGUAGAUAAAGUUGACGCUAAAUACCCAUUCAAAAAAAACUUAUUAAGUGAUAUCAGAAAUAAGAAGCCUAACCCUGGUGACAUAACAGAAUACAAUGUUAAGAACGAAUAUAUAAUUUGUAUAUUUACCACUGAAAAUACAUAUUACGGUUCUCUAGAAAAUGGAUUUAAAACCAUACAAAAAAAAUACAAAGAAUAUAAGUAUUUGGCUAUUCAAAGUGACCUCAUUGAUUACCCUAGCGACAAUUUUCAACGUAUAUCAUGGAUAGUAUUAAUAUCUCGUUCGGUUAUUCACUCUUCUGAAUUAUGGUUAUGUGGUGAUGCCAAACAAAAUAAUUACAAGGUGAAUUAUGAUGAAUAUUGUAAAAAUGUACUCCCUAUGAAUAAUUCAUUUCAAUAUAAUUCUCCAAAUCAAAAAUACAACAGAUAUAAUGAUGAUCGUCGUAGUAAUUUUAAUACAAAAGAAACAAGUAAUCAACAUUGA